AUGGCGAGCAGACCACCCAUCAUGCCGCCUCAUAAUGAGACUGAGCACUCGGUUAGCCGGAUUACUCGUGAGGGCAAACAACUCACAUACAAAUUGAGCGUGAUGCAACAACCAGAGCGAGCAAGAGCUUGUGGUGCAGGAGCAAAGUCAUCUGCCGACCGUCGCCCUGUUGACCCACCGCCUGUGGUCGAGCUGCGCAUUUUCGAGUCUGACCCGGGUAACGAUGCGCAGAAGACCGAUAUCACCUUCGCCUACAACGCCAAUUUCUUCCUCUAUGCAACCCUUGAUACUGCACGCCCUAUCGCCCACGGGCGCGUGGGUGGAGCGCAAUCAUGCCCUGUAUUAACUGGUGUACCUGUUGCUGGUAUCGCAUAUCUCGAUCGUCCUUCACAAGCAGGCUAUUUCAUCUUCCCAGAUCUGUCAGUGCGUCAUGAGGGCCGGUACCGGUUGAACUUCCACCUGUAUGAAGAAAUCAAGGAUGCCAAGGAUGCCGACAAGGAUUCCACUUUACCUCCUCCUAACCAAAUAGCUCAUUCCGCUGCAGCAAAGCCCGGCACCCCGCAAGCAUUUCUCCAUUUCCGUCUCGAGGUCAAGUCGGUACCGUUUACCGUCUAUAGUGCCAAGAAGUUCCCUGGUCUAGCGACCAGCACUUCUCUGAGCCGUAUCAUUGCUGAGCAGGGUUGCCGUGUUCGCAUUCGUCGUGAUGUUCGCAUGAGACGUCGGGGCGACAAGCGAGACGAGGACUACGACGAGGAACGCGCAGCUGCGUAUGCAAGAUCGUCGGAUCGUUUCACGACACCCGACAGAUACGCAGCCUCGAUGGAACGUCCUAGAUCAAACAGCAAUGGCAGCAAUAUGGAAUCGCCAUACGGCUUUGUUCCCCCGGAUCGGCGACCAUCUGCGCCCGACUAUGGCUUCCAAUGUCCGCAACCAUACCAAAGACCCAUGCCACCUGGACCCAUGCCACCUGCGCCCAUGGCACACUCCCAAACACCUUCAUACCAAUCGCACCUUUCAUUUGGUUCCACACCUUCACAUUAUCCAGCACCUCACAUGCCUGCUACACCUCCACCGGUCGCACCGCAAGGUAUGUACUCGCCACAACACGCAUACACCCAGAUACGACACCCAUCCAACGCCUCCGAAUACGAGGGAACGCCAAUUGCGUACCCCAUCCCGCCCCAAGUACCUGCGGAACGGGGUGGUUAUCCCAAGCCUUCAAUGAAUUCCUAUCGCAUGGAGGCACCAAAAACAAACUCAUAUAUGGAUUCCCGCGUUGCUGAACCAAGUGUAUACCCAUCCACGCCUAAUAUACCGGCACCACGUUCUCAAACGCCGAACACGGUCCAGGCCAUCCCGCCCCUCAAGCCCUUGUCAAAUGAAUAUGGCAACCAGAUUGUUCCUUCUGUGGAAACCACAUCACCCGGUGGUAGCAGCGGCGGAUAUGAUAAUGUCAGAGGAAAGCGUAUGGUAUAUCAAACUGGGCCAGCGUACGGCAAAAGAAGUCAUGAAGAUACUUUCGGCAUUGAUGACCGGUCAAUGCAGAACGGCAUGCGGCCUGAUACCGAGCCUUAUCCGAGCGCUUACCGCGAUUACGCAGGAGGAGAAAGUCGCUCUUCACUGAUGGCUGAAAUGGGCAUUCAGUUGGCCUACAAACGUGCGAACGGCAAAAUGGUCAUGAAAGCUCCUCCGACCUAA